AUGGCACAAGAGCCACUUAAACUCGCCAGCUAUAAGCGCAUCAUUGUCUGUGCGGACGGCACGUGGCUUUCGUCCGAUCAAGGCAGUAAUUCUGUACCUUCCAACGUCGCUAAGAUUGCUCGAGCAAUUUCCAAAACUGGGCUUGACGAAAAAGGCAAUCUCGUGAAGCAGGUAGUCUUCUACCAGUCAGGUCUUGGGAGUGGAGAUCUCCCAGUCCAGAAAGCCAUCUACGGUGCCAUCGGUCUGGGACUCGAUACUGAUAUCAUUCAACUCUACGAUUUCAUCUCUAACAACUACGAAAUUGGCGAUGAGUUAUUCUUCUUUGGGUUCUCCCGCGGCGCAUUUACAGUUCGCUCGGCUGCCGGUAUUGUAUCUGAUGUUGGCGUUUUCUCACCAGUAAAUAUGUCUCGGUUUCCCGAGAUGCUUGGGAGGCCGUACUGCGGGUACAGCGAUCGCGUGUGGAUAUCUUCGACUUUGAUCCUUCUUCGACAAACAGGUAGGCAGAAUGAAUGCAUUCCUAUCAAGGACUUAGAAUUGAAUUGGACUCGCUGCCAUUCACGCCAGAAUUGA